CGUGAGAAUUGACAGUUUGUGCUCUUCUUUUUACCACGACUGUAAUAAUGACCAAGACUUUAUAUAAGAGGUGAAUUUAGGUUCUAAAUUUGAAAGGAGGAGGUGACUCCUCUCAUUGUCAUCAAAAUAUCAUCCGAGAAUCUGGAGGAAAUCUUGCUGUGUGCAGGAGACAAGGCAGAAAAUCGAUAUUGGAUGCCUGUGAUCUUUGAGCCCUCAAGCAGCACUGAAAUCAAAACAGGAAUGACAUUAAAAUCACUGCAUGGGCUCAGGAACACUUCCUGAAAGCGACAUCUGUGAACACAGUUCAUUUUAUAAUCCAGUAAUGCUGCUUAAAGCUCUAUCAUACAAAGAAGAAGCCACAUGUGAACAUGAUCCAGAAAGGUCUCCAUCUUUUCUGGACCAAUACUCAUUUAAAAUGCACUGAAGCAAAGUGGAAAACCGUUCUCUGGUGAGAUUAAUCAAAAAUUGAUUUGUUAACUUUUGUACUUUUUCCAAAACAUGGAUGCUGCAUCCUAUAGGCUAAAGAGGAGAGAGACCAAAGAAGCUCUGCUGUAGUGUUCACGGGCACUAAUCACCACUUUAAGACUGAAUUUAAAAUGUAAAGCUGUCUUUUUGGUAAUAAACACCUGCAGCUCUUAAUGAAAUGUCUUUAGGCUGAGCUAAAGGUUUUAUUGUGUCUUCACCAGAAAAUAAUGCGCACUACUUUCUGCUCUCUUGCUGCUCUCCAUGGUGCUGAACUGGUGGACUAUGAACUGGUUUGCAUGAGGCCUGUGCUAUUCUUAGUGACGGGGACACACACACACACACACACACACACACACACACACACACACACAGACAAACGCACACACACAUACAAUCAGACAGGCGGGGUCAUUCUGCAGACUGAGCCGUGCAGAGUGGGGCUACAACAAACUAGAACGAGUCGAGAAACGUGCCGCUGAUGCCAUUUUCUCCAGACCACUUUCCUCUACCAUUUCCUCCAACUUUCAGCGCCGUUUCUUCACUUGUUCUGCACAGCCAACAAGCUCACAUCAAGCUUCUGUGCCUUUAACAUGGAAACAUCUCAACUUUGUGAGCAAAGUUUAAUAGUUUAGAGGAAAAUGGGGCGGCAGAAGAUGUGCUCGGAACCUGAGUUUCCUUCCUGGAUCAACUCAAAGAUCAGACACAGAGGGAAAGUUUUGAACAGCCUCUAAACUCUGCCAGACUCGGUCCUCAGAGGGAGGAGGAGGAGGAGACAUGAGGGUGUUUAACCGGGGUGUGAUGAUGCUUCUGACCACAGCAGGGGCUUUCUGUGCCUUCAGCCUCAUGACCAUCGCCGUGGGAACGGACUAUUGGCUGUACUCCCGAGGGGUGUGCCGCUCCAAGACCCUGAGCGACAACGAGACGGUCCGCAAGAACGAAGAAGUCCUGACCCACUCUGGUCUGUGGAGGACCUGCUGCACGGAGGGGACAUUUCGGGGUGUUUGCAAGGACAUUGAUCACUUUCCUGACGAUGCAGACUACGAGCAGGACGCUGCUGAAUACUUACUGCGAGCGGUACGAGCCUCCAGCCUCUUCCCCAUCCUCAGUGUGGGAUUAUUAUUUCUUGGGGGUGUCUGCGUAGCUGCCAGCGAGUUCUACAAGUCACGCUAUAAUGUCAUUCUCACUGCGGGUAUACUCUUUGUCUCUGCAGGUCUCAGUAACAUCAUUGGCAUCAUUGUGUACAUAUCAGCCAACUCAGGUGACCCCAGCCAGAGCGACAACAAGAAGAGCUACUCCUACGGCUGGUCCUUUUAUUUCGGAGCUCUGUCCUUUGUGCUGGCUGAGAUGGUGGGCGUCCUGGCAGUGCAUGUGUUCAUAGAAAAACACAGACAGCUGCGCACCAAAGGCCGGCCUUCGCUCAUGAAGCCGCCCAUCUCUCGAAGCUCAUCGUAUUACCGCAACCGUUACUACCAGAACCGCAGCCGCCGAUACAGUUACAGGAGCAACCACAGCGCAGGGGACCCGCACUCCUUCCGAGCAUCGCUCAGCCGUGACCGGGAGCCGUCCAUCUCCGCUGAAUCUAAAGUCACCACCAUGGCAGGUUUGCCAACACCAGUGUCAGUGGGCUCAGAGUUCAUGCUCUACGCUUUAACCUCACCUCUCAAAAACAGUAAGAUAGACAUGGCUGUGGAUCAUUUAACAGCUGCUCACAACAACACAGAGAUGCUGCCUGGGAACUGCGCUUCCAACAGGAGGACCACACCUGUCUAAGAAGAUAGUCCCUGUAAGGUUGAACUUUAGUGGGAGGAGAGUAAGCUUUCUCACAUUCUUGCUAUGGACAGAAGAAAGGCAUUGUAGACAAGUGCAGGGCUGCAUUAGCCUGCCAAAUAUUUUUUUCUAUGAACUCUUCAGUCACUCAUAUGUCAAGAAAUAGUGAAAAACUGCCAUUACAAUCUCCCAGAGUCCGUCCAACAGUCCAACACCAGGAUAUAACUUGGGGUACAAUCAGAAAGUCCAGUUACUCCAACCAUUAAAACCAGAAACCAUUUCUGGUUUAAAUUUGGCCAAUCUCCCCUUCAAAGUCUGCUCCUUCUGCAGCUCUGGAAUUGAAUGGGCGGUGGUUCAGAGGUUUGCACAGAAAAAGAUCCUGGGUUUGAAACCACUGGCUGGGGCCUUUCUCUGUGGAGUUUGCAUGUUGUCCCUGUGACUCACUGUGUCCAAGCAUGAAGGCAAUGCAUCAGGUUAUGAUGAUAGUUAUUUCUUAAGUCAUUUGCAGGGCCUUGCACUAAUUCAGAAUGAAAUCCGGGAUGAGAACUUCACUGCGAAGCUCUACUGUAAAACCUGAAGCGUCGAAUAGAGUAUAUCUGGUGGAAUCAACCUGAACUGGUUGCUUCGAGUCUUCAAUCUGCAACUAGCUGCAACUUUUUCAUCUUUCACAUAAUUAUAUAUAAGCUAAGGGGUCAGCAUUUUGACAUGGUGGAGGAGAUCCAACAUGCACUGUUGAAAGAAAGGUUGGAGUGGUCAGAACAGGGCAUGCAGGGAAGGGUUUAAAAUAGGAGCUGAUGAGCUGUAAGCUUGCAGCACUGCCCAAAGACAUGCCCUAAUAGGGAAGAUGUGUCACAUUUAAAUCAGGUUAUGGUUCACAAACUGGCACCGCAGAACUUAAUGAUUGCAUCUCCUGAUGAAACAAUGCAAGAAAAUAAAGCUG